GACCUCAUCUACUAAUCUGAUCGAUGCAAAGCCGACUUCUCUCUCCAUCAUUUUUUCUCGAUCCAUCGCGAAGGCAGAGGGGCGGAGGGAGAGUAGAGCGAACCAGGCGGGAAAGAAGCCCCUGCUCAAACUCUACGAACCCUAACCCUAGCUCUGGGAGGGAGAAGGAUCUUGGUGCUGGCGGGGGCAAUGGAGCUCCAGAACACGGUGAAGGAGGCCCUGAGCGCACUCUACCACCACCCCGACGACACCGUCCGCGCCCGCGCCGACCGCUGGCUGCAGGACUUCCAGCACACGAUUGACGCCUGGCAGGUUGCUGAUAAUUUACUUCAUGAUGCUAGCAGCAAUAUGGAAACUCUUAUUUUUUGUUCUCAAACACUUAGAAGCAAGGUACAACGGGACUUUGAAGAGCUGCCUUCGGAAGCAUUUCGUCCUUUACGUGAUUCUUUAUAUACGUUGCUAAAGAAACUUAGCAAAGGACCUCCUAAAGUUAGAACACAGAUUUGCAUUGCAGUCGCUGCUUUGGCUGUGCAUGUAUCUGUAGAAGAUUGGGGAGGUGGUGGCAUUGUUAGUUGGUUAAGCAAUGAGAUGAAAGCUCAUCCUGAAUAUAUCCUGAGUUUCCUGGAGCUGCUCACUGUCUUGCCACAGGAAGCUUUCAGUCACAAGAUCGCAGCUCGGCCAGAAAGGCGUCGCCAAUUUGAGAAGGAACUUAUUUCAUCGGCUGAAGUUGCUCUUGGCCUCUUGACUGCUUGUCUAGGGUUUGAUGAAUUGAAAGAGCAGGUUUUGGAGGCUUUUUCUUCGUGGCUUCGUCUAAGCCGUGGGAUUUCUGCAACAGUCCUUGCUUCGCAUCCUCUGGUGCAUGCAGCCCUGUCAUGCCUGAACUCUGAGCGACAUCUGGAGGCGGCUGUAAAUGUCAUAUCUGAAUUGAUACAUCAUACUGUAUCUGUGAGUUCUGGUGGUCUUCCUGCACAGAUGCCCCUAAUUCAUGUUCUUGUACCUCGUGUCAUGAGUCUCAAAGAUCAGCUUAGAGACUCUUCUAAGGAUGAAGAAGAUGUGAAAGCCAUUGCUCGCUUGUUUGCAGACAUGGGGGAUUCUUAUGUAGAGUUGAUUGCAACUGGUUCUGAUGAAUCAAUGUUAAUAAUACAAGCAUUACUAGAAGUUGCUUCACACCCUGAGUAUGAUAUUUCUUCCAUGACUUAUAACUUCUGGCACAUUCUUCAGGAUAAUUUGACCAGAAGGGACUCCUAUUCAUCUUAUGGAUCUGAGGCUGAGGCAGAAAGGAGCCGGAGGUUACAUGUUUUUCACUCACCAUUUGAAAUGCUAGUGUCUCUGGUUAGUUUCCGAGUUGAGUAUCCACAUGACUAUGAGGACCUUUCUGAAGAGGACCACAGGGAUUUCAAGCAUACCAGAUACGCGGUCAGCGAUAUACUCAUUGAUGCAACUGCAGUUCUUGGAGGAGAACCAACACUUAAGAUUCUCUUCAUGAAGCUUGUACAGGCUGUUAGAAAUUGCAGUGAUGGUGAAAACUGCAAAUGGCAGCCUGUGGAGGCAGCUCUAUUUUGUAUCCAGGCUAUAGCUAACUCAGUUUCAAAUCAAGAAGCAGAAAUACUGCCCCAGGUUAUGACAUUACUUCCAAAGCUUCCUCCUCAACCGCAGCUGCUACAGACAGUAUGUUCUACCAUUGGAGCAUAUUCAAAAUGGAUAGAUGCUGCUCCAGUUGAACUUUCAAUCUUGCCUCCAGUGGUUGAUGUUCUUACUAGGGGCAUGAGUGCAUCAGAGGAUUCUGCAGCUGCUGCUGCUCUUGCAUUCAAGUAUAUAUGUGAAGAUUGCAGCAAGAAGUUCUGUGGGUCGUUGGAUGGUCUUUUUCAUAUCUAUCAUAUAGCAAUCAGUGGGGAAGGAGGCUAUAAAGUAUCUUCUGAUGAUUCCAUGCACUUAGUGGAAGCAUUGAGUGUCGUUAUUACGGAAGUCCCUCCAGAACAUGCCAAAAGAGCGCUGGAGUUACUAUGCCUACCAGCCAUUAAUCCAUUACAGGAAAUAACUAAUCAAGGUGGAGUAUCUCUGCAACAAGUUCCUGCACGGCAGCUUACUAUUCACAUUGACCGGCUUGCAUGCAUUUUCAGGAAUGUAAAUCUUCCAGAAAUUGUAGCGGAUGCAAUUCAGAGGUUUUGGGCAGUCUUUAAAGCUAUCUUUGAUCAUCGUGCUUGGGACAUGCGGACAAUGGAGUCUCUGUGCAGUGCUUGUAAAUAUGCUGUGAGAACAUGUAAAAGGUACAUGGGAAUCACCAUUGGUGCUAUGCUAGAAGAAGUUCAAACAUUGUAUCAGCAACACAAUCAACCUUGCUUCCUUUACCUGUCCAGUGAAGUUAUAAAGAUAUUUGGGUCGGAUCCAUCUUGUGCAAGUUACCUUAGAAGUUUGAUUGAAGCACUUUUCAGUCACACAACAAGGCUCCUCAAGUCAAUUGAAGAGUUCACAGCUAGACCAGACAUAGCUGAUGACUGUUAUUUGUUGGCAUCGAGAUGUAUUCGCUAUUGCCCCGAUUUAUUUGUUCCUUCUUCUAUAUUUCCGUCAUUAAUUGACUGUUCAAUGAUUGGGAUAACCAUACAGCACAGAGAUGCUUGUAAAUCCAUAUUGACAUUCUUAUCUGAUGUCUUUGAUCUUGCAAACUGCUCUGCUGGAGAAAAGUACCAAUCGAUUAUAAAUGGUGUAAUACUUCCUCGUGGUGCAAGUCUCACCAGAAUCUUGAUUGCCUCUUUAACUGGAGCACUUCCAUCUUCACGACUGGAGGAGGUAACGUAUGUGCUAUUAACCCUAACGAGAACAUAUGGGGACAAGGUGCUUUUGUGGGCGAAGGAAAGCAUUUCGCUAAUACCACCUACGGCCAUAACUGAGGCUGAAUGUUCAAGCUUCCUAAAGGCUCUAUCAGAUGCAGCAUCAGGAUCAGAUACUGCUGCUCUCACUGAUACACUUGAGGAGCUCUCGGAUGUUUGCCGACGCAACAGGACAGUCCAAGACAUUGUUCAGGGAGCUCUAAGGCCGCUUGACUUGAACUUCACUGCUGUGUCCUGAUUCUGGAGAAGAUGGCCCAUCCAAAGGCCAGACUAAGGGCAGCUUAGCUAGUGCCUGAGCCCUUGUGUUCGUGUAUGAUUAUAUAUACUGAAUUUUGUAGUGAGUUAAAUGAGUUUGUUGUGCUACAUUUGAAUUGUUGCGUUGCGUCCAGCUCCUUGUUUUUUCGUCAGGAGUGGCUCAGCUGUUUUGAGUUGCAAUUCUUUACGCGUUUCCCAGGUCAAUGUACAUUGUUGUGUGUAUUCACAUUGGUAUAGAGCGUUUCUAGACAUAUUUUCUUCAAUAAAAAAGAAAACAUUUUGAUC